AUAAAAACGAACAAACCUAACGUUUUCGGUUUUCGCUUUCGUUGUACGUUUGUACUUUUAUUUGUAGUUUCAACUUUCAAGAAGUUUGUUCUAUUUUUCCAAUUCUAUCGUGUCAUUUUGGGGGAGUUUCCAGUUUUCGUUUCGCUAACCGCUAUUUGAAAAGAAUAUAAAGUACAGAUUUUGAUACUCAAUUCAGUUCAUUGAAAUAUUUUCUUGAAAAAGAAAGAAAUGUCGGGGUUUGGAAAUGAUAACUUUGAUGAUAACGAAGUGGAUCCUGCCGCAGAAUUCCUUGCUAGAGAGCAAAGUCAGUUAGCUGGAUUAGAAGAUGAUUUAAAUCCUGUGGUGCAACGCACAUCCCCAGUCCCUGUUGCCCCUACAGUGAAUGGGGACGGUACUAAACUUGAAAAUGGAAUCGAACCCCCGCCGUCUUCCGCUGCGGCACAACCUCACGUAAAACGCGAAGAACCUGAAAAAAUUAAGAAAUGGAGAGAAGAACAACGUAAACGUUUGGAAGAGAAAGACGCCGAAGAAGAAAAAAAACGAGAAGAAUGGCGUGGUGUUGCAAAACGCGAAUUAGAAGAAUGGUACAAGCACCAUAACGAAUUGAUUUUAAAAACCAAAGAAGCUAAUCGGGAGUCCGCAAAGAAUGCCGAAAAGCAAUUUAUCGCGGAUGUUGACGAGAUUGAACCGGGUACAGAAUGGGAACGAAUCUCAAAGUUAUGCGAUUUCAAUCCAAAAGCGAGUCGAUCUAGUCGCGAUACUUCGAGAAUGCGCUCCAUUAUUCUACAAUUGAAACAGACCCCUUUAAAGAAAUCAAUUAAUUAAAGUACACAUUCCAUAUUAUGCUCAUGUAUCUUGAUAACCAACCAUCUACGCUGUAUUUAUUGUUUUAUCCCUGGUGUGAAAUACCACCACAUCCAUCAUAGUAUUUGUUAACUAUUUCUGAUUGAUUGUAUAAUUAUCGUUUAUUCGUUAUAUGUUUAGUUUAUUUAUCAGUUAUCACAUAAAUUGAUGUAUGAAUAAAUUAUUUCACAUGUA